GGGGCGUCUAUAAAGCCGCCCUCCUCCGGGCAUAAACAAACCUCGCCUGGCUCCCGCUCUCCCCGCGGAGCGUCCUCCAGCCCUUGCUGCUCGCAGCCACCCCCGCCGGGCGCCGCCAGCCGAGCUCCGCUUCCUUUCGCCUUGCCCCCUCUAUCUGAGGCAGCUGACAGCAGGGACAUGUCUCGGGAGCUGCAGGACGUGGACCUCGCAGAGGUGAAGCCUUUGGUGGAGAAAGGAGAGACGAUCACUGGCCUCCUGCAAGAGUUUGAUGUUCAGGAACAGGACAUCGAGACUUUACAUGGCUCUAUUCAUGUCACACUCUGUGGAACCCCCAAGGGAAACCGGCCUGUCAUCCUCACAUACCACGACAUUGGCAUGAACCACAAAACCUGCUACAACCCCCUCUUCAACUCCGAGGACAUGCAGGAGAUCACCCAGCACUUUGCUGUCUGCCACGUGGAUGCCCCUGGCCAGCAGGACGGUGCUGCAUCCUUCCCCAUGGGGUACAUGUACCCCUCCAUGGAUCAGCUGGCUGAAAUGCUUCCUGGAGUCCUUCACCAGUUUGGCCUGAAAAGCAUUAUUGGCAUGGGAACUGGAGCGGGUGCCUACAUCCUUACUCGAUUUGCUCUGAACAACCCCGAGAUGGUGGAGGGCCUCGUCCUCAUCAAUGUGAACCCCUGUGCGGAAGGCUGGAUGGAUUGGGCCGCCUCCAAGAUUUCCGGUUGGACCCAAGCCCUUCCAGACAUGGUGAUAUCCCACCUUUUUGGGAAGGAGGAAAUGCAGAAUAACGUGGAGGUGGUCCAUACCUGCCGCCAGCACAUCGUGAACGACAUGAACCCCAGCAACCUGCACUUGUUUAUCAACGCCUACAACAGCCGACGGGACCUGGAGAUUGAGCGACCGAUGCCAGGAACCCACACCGUCACCCUGCAGUGCCCUGCUUUGCUGGUUGUGGGGGACAGUUCUCCUGCUGUGGACGCUGUGGUGGAGUGCAACUCGAAAUUGGACCCAACAAAGACUACUCUUCUUAAGAUGGCAGAUUGUGGUGGCCUCCCGCAGAUCUCCCAGCCAGCCAAGCUCGCCGAGGCCUUCAAGUACUUUGUGCAGGGCAUGGGAUACAUGCCCUCUGCCAGCAUGACCCGCCUGAUGCGGUCCCGGACGGCCUCGGGCUCCAGUGCCACGUCCCUGGAGGGUGCCCGCAGCCGCUCCCACACCAGCGAGGGCACCCGCAGCCGCUCCCACACCAGCGAGGGCACCCGCCUAGACAUCACGCCCAACUCCGGUGCCACUGGGAACAGCGCGGGGCCCCAGUCCAUGGAGGUGUCCUGCUAGGUGGCCUCUGCGAUGGCCGCCCACCCCUGGGCCAGCUGCAGCUGCCCCUCCUCUGCCCCUCCCCACUCCUGCCUGCCACUCCACACGUAACUCGGUAUUAACCCAAAGCUUGUUUUGUAAGAGUGAGCUCUGGCGAGGACAAGUUAAGUUGGGUUUGUCCAGGGCACCAUUUCCCACGAGGGCGGGUGGGUGGACCCAAAGGGAAAGAGGCACCUCGCGUCCUGUUCUCACUGACGGUGGCCUGCUGGCCACCCACUCUGCCCUCCCUUGGAGACGCCAAACUGCCAAAAACAAGAAACGCAGCCGUAAACACUUCGUAAAUCCAAGCCUGGACUGACCUGAGCAUCCUGGUUCGAAAGAGCAUUUUGUCAGACGCCCGGCCCAUCUACUUCCUGUUUCCUCUCCAACUAAAGAAAAAACUGACCCAGUUUUUGGAACCAAAACCAUUUUCUGAUUUGGGGAGGGGGCCAGUGACUGAUUGUGGG